AGAAGAAGGUAUCAUCAUCAUCAUCACCAUCAUCCAGAAUGGAAGGUGCCACAUAGUGCCACUGCGUGAACCAUAGUGGUCGUCGGAUGACCGUCGGAAUGGCACCCGGCGGGAAGACGAUGACCGUGGGCAACGUUCCUCUUGAGGCUGCCCGGAGGAGGGCCCGGCGUCUCGACUUCAUUGUUGUAGCCGGGGCGUGCACAUUCCUCAUUGUGUGCAUGCUGCUUUCUUCCGUCAUGCUCUUACACGCUGCACAAAAAAGCCAAUGGCGGGACACACGUGGCGAAGCCGCCAACCCAAAUUCGCCGCCGUCAACACCAGCGAAAGCCAAGCGACAACAGUCUGUGACUCGUGCGUCAUCAACGGUGACCGAAACAGAAAGAGCAAAGCAGCCCCGCCAGGAACGGCAGACCCUUCAGACGCCAACGCCGCUUAAGGGCCUGUCCAUCACAGAGCCGACGAGUAUCGAGGGGAACAAAUGGUUUCGAUACGGAGACGUGCUGUGCAUCGACCACCAGAUCUUGAAUUUCAACCCCGUGGGUACCGCCAGAUCCAUGCCCAACCAAUGCACCUGGCACUUCUUCGCCCAAAUGGCUAACACAUCUGGUAAAGUGAAUGGCUAUUACACCUUCAUACCGGAAAUACCCCGGCUGGACUACUUCAUGUUUAUGGUUAACGUGUCACUGCAGGGCGUUCUCGAGCCGAAAAUAGUACACGUCAUAAAGGGCCAUUUUGGCAACAGUGAAUUCGCAACGAAGCUACUGAACGAUGCUACGUUUCCCACGAAACUCGUCACAGGCUUGCAGAAUCUCUAUUGGCCGCGAAAGCUGUACGGCAUCCAUCUUUACGUGCACCAGGUCUCCACGGGGCAGUGGUUGGACGGAAUCAAGCGUUACUUCAAGGCUUUUCGCGAUGCGACCAAGGGAAGUAUCAUGCUGUCUUUCGGCUUCUUCCUUAUCGACAGUGCAAUCUACUAUGACACGCUGAAGUACCUGUUUGAGAACACGGAUUUGGUCGUCGCCCAUAUUGCCAACCACAGCGUCGUAUUUCAGAGCCCGUGGGACCAUUAUCAACCUUACGGCCAGGCAUAUGGAGACCCUUUCUUGUUGAAAGAUUAUCUCCAGUACGUCGUAUAUGCCAAGCAGUGGUGGAAACGAGAUACCAGGGCACCCGUGGGCAUCUUCUUCGAUAUCUGGCCGCGUGAGUGUGAGGAUAAGGGCACCGUGCCUCUAGCGGCCUCGGACCACAACAUCAAGUGCCGUGUCACGUACAAAUCGUCUUUCUCCUCUCCCCAUUGGAGCACGAUGACACCUGGUACCUAUGCGAACAAGACUCAGUUCUACUAUGGGUCUCAAGAUACGUGCCGUGGAAUCAGAAAAGAUAAGGGACUAACCGGAGUGACUGCGGAGACUCAAGAAGGAAUUGAAUACAAGAUCCGGGAGGUCAUGUCAAUGUUUCAUGCUGCUGGAAUGGUGCCCAUGAUGGGCGUGGAACCGUUCUGUCAUGAUGACCAGCACAUGGUCUCACGUAGGGGAGCUAAUCCCUUCACGAUGGCCAUCGCUAAAGCUGUGUACGAAUCCUACAACUUCGACGACCAGGUCAACCCCAUGUUUCCAAAGAGGAUGUCCAUGACACGGCCCACGCCAAACCCUCCCUGGUAUAGCGAUAACAACACGCUGGACACCUGGCGAAAGACGGACGAGUUUUACUCGUGGGAUAACGAAAUGACCAGCACUUGUUCAAUGGUGUUCUUUAAGUUGGUAUGAUGGCCGUGUAUGAUAAAAGACGAAAGGAUGUCAUUGGAAUGCGUAACGGUCUCUGUGUGCAUGGUGUCCCAUUGGAGUUCCGCAUUUCUAGAACAGACUUGUGCAAGUUAGAAUUAAAAAAGACUGUACUUUUUGGCGCGAA